UUCCUGAAAACUGGGGGAAAUAAAACAGAAUAGCUCCACCCUUCAACGAGCCACAAACUCUCGCGAUACUUGUCGGGAUUUGACGUGUCUCUUCAACACAGUAAUGGCGGAUGCCGAGGAGGAAGCGCUCCGGGGCAGCUGGGACCAGGAUCUAGCUGAGGCUCUGGACUCGGGGGGUUCCGAUAUGGAGAUGGACAAAGGCAUCGUCCAUGUUCAGGAGACUUCAGCUCAACAGAGAGCAAAGAUGUGGAAGAUUGCACUCAAUGUAUCCGGUAAAGGAGACUCCCUCGCAUCCUGGGAUGGUGUCCUUGAUUUACCAGAGCAGACCCUCAUUCACAGUCGCAGUCAGCAGUUGAUCGAGCAGCUGCAAGUGUCCGAGGAGGAGCGUGGCGACAUGGUGUCCGACGUGGAGGCGGUGGUCACCUUCUACUGCAAGUCGCGCAACAUCAGCUUCACAUCGGACCUGAGCUGGCUACACUUACUCAAGCCGCUGCUGGGGCUUCGGCUGACCCGCAGCGAUCUCUACAACUGCUUCUACGCCAUUAUGAACAAGCACAUACCCCGGGAGUGCGUGCCCAAGGGCCGCCCGUUCCACCUCUACAGACUGCUCUUGCAGUACCACGAGCCCGAACUCUGCUCCUUCUUGGAUACCAAAAAGAUCACGCCUGACUCGUACGCCAUCAACUGGAUGGGCAGCCUUUUCUCCAGCCACUGCCCGCCUGACGUCACCCAGGCUCUGUGGGACUGCUACCUCCAGCAGGCGGACCCAUUCCUCAUCUUUUUUCUUAUGCUCAUCAUCCUCGUCAAUGCCAAAGAGACCAUCCUUGACCGAGAAGGAGACAGCAAAGAUGACAUUAUCAAAACGCUGGAAGAAUCUCCUUCUCUACUUGAGGCCGAGGACAUUGAGGAUUUAUUUUCCCUGGCCCAGUACUACCAGAGCAAGACCCCUCUGUCGCUCAGGAAGAUGAACCAAAACCUGUUUGGUAGCAGCCUCGUGGCUCUGAAAGAGGAGGACAUCGACCUGAGUCAGGCGCUGUGCCUACCCGUGUCCGUCCCGGAAAUCCUGCAGGCCAACCAGCAUCAGCAGGACGGGGUGCGCUUCUUUGUGGUGGACUGCCGGCCGGCUGAGCAGUACAACGCCGGUCAUCUGUCUACUGCCUUCCAUCUGGACUCAGACCUGAUGCUCCAGAACCCAUCCGAGUUCGCCUUGUCGGUCAAGUCCCUCCUGGAGUCUCAGAAGCAAUCCCUGGAGUCGGGCUCCGUUGCCAGCGGAGAGCACCUGUGCUUCAUGGGCAGCGGCAGAGAGGAGGAGGACAUGUACAUGAACAUGGUGCUGGCCCACUUCUUGCAGAAAAACAAGGAGUACGUCAGCAUCGCGAAAGGGGGCUUCAUGGCUCUACAGCAGCACCUAGUGGACAUGAACGUGGAGGGCUUGGACUCAUCGUACAUCCAUUGGAUCGUCAGCACGUCGGGAUCUCACAGCAGCCUCAGCUCGGCAGACGGGGAGUCUCUGAGUGACAGCAAAAGCGUUAAAUCAUUGGUCAACAAAAUGACCUUUGCCCUCAAGUCCAAGUCGGUGAAUGUAAAAGAGAAGAUGAUCAGCUUCAUUGAGAACACGUCCGCCCCCGUCGACAGAAUAUCUUUUAAUCUGCCCUGGCCAGAGAAGGUGAUUCCUGAUAGACACGUGAGCAGCAGCGACCGCGUGGGCAAACCUUACCGCGGGGUGAAGCCCGUUUUCAGUAUCGGCGACGAAGAGGAGUACGACACAGAUGAGAUCGACAGCUCUUCCAUGUCGGACGACGACCGGAAGGAGAUUGUCAAUGUUCAGACGUGGAUCAACAAGCCCGACGUGAAACAUCACAUCCCCUGCAACGAAGUGAAGGAAACCGGUCACAUGUUUCCCAGCCACUUGCUGGUGACAGCGACGCACAUGUACUGCCUGCGCGAGAUCGCCGCCAGGAAGGGCUUUGCUUACAUCCAAUCCAGACAAGCGCUGAGCUCCGUGGUGAAGAUCACGUCCAAGAAGAAGCACCCGGAGCUCAUCACUUUCAAGUUUGGCACCAACAACUCAACCGGGGUGGAGAUCUCUGCGGUGGAACGAUAUCUGAUCCCCAACGCCGGAGACGCCACCAAAGUGAUCAAGCAGCAGAUCAUGAAAGUCCUCGACGCGCUGGAGACGUCGUAAAAGGAUAGAUGAUGACGGCGCAGACGACAAUGGCGGCGUAUGGUGGCCACCUGCCCCUGACACACAUAAAAAAAAAAAAACUGAAUCACCUCGGGUCCUGACGCGGUGCGGCGUUGGUCCUCGGAUGCCACGCCGCCCCCACUGCACAACUGCGGGAGCCGGGAGCCUAUCAUGCUGCCAUCUUUACACUAACUUAUAUAUUAUAUAUAUAUAUUGGAUAUACUGUAUUAUUUGCUCAUUCUAAAUCAGUGGUAUUCCACUUUGGAAGCUUUCCUCUGGCCUUAAGGUAGCGACUACUAUCCAAACAGUUGUUUAAUGAUUACGUGACAUUCUGUGUUAAAUGUUAAACAGUGUUUUUCGCUGUCUUUUUUUUCCCCCCACACCGGUUAGUUAAUUUGAGGCUGAAAAGUGUAGAAUGUACAGAACGGCGAUGUCACAGUCGACGAGCCGAGUUUUUUUUUUCCCCCAGCAGGGAGCCUUAAGUAGAAACCCCAGGUUCAUUAUAAAUAUGUACAUAUAAUAUACUGCCGGUAUGUGAAUCAUCUCCAGAGUUAAGAGUAUGCAGCAAGGCUUUAAAUUCAUCAUGUGUGAUGUAGCAACUGAGCAAUAGCCUUUGUUUGAGACUGGGUUUAAUGAUCAUCAUUCAUCACACCAGUAUUUGGGAUGUUUUUUUGUUGUUGUUGUAUUUUGCAUUUGUAUUUGCGCUUAUUGUUGAUUGUACAUAGUGUACAAUAUGGUCAACACAAUCUUGAAUACAAGACUUACAAUUGCCUUUGUUCACUCCAAUCUUUCUCCUUUGAUAAGCCCAGUGCAUUGUGCUUGGCAGUAUUUGAGCAGGAAUGAAACGACAGGGGUGAGUCUAUGUACCGCUGGUUAACGUCACUCACAAAGGAUGGCGCACCACUUUCGCAAUGCUCAAAAAAAAAAAAAAGAAGGUAAUUUGCACCUUACUGUACUACUAUUAUUUUCUAAACAUUUCCCAUUUUAAUAAAAAUGAAAUCACCACUGCGUAA